AAUAUUUCAGGGCCAAUUCUCACAACUGCCUACCUAGCUAGGCAAGAUCUUAGUAUGAUAUUAUGGCACUUUUAGGAGCCCCAGCAGCUCGACCUUAUAUUAACAUACAAAGAGUGAUGCUUCAGAUCCACAGCAACAGGAAUACUAGCUGAGAAAGUACAGAUUCUGGGGUUCUGCCAUCUACCAAGCAGCCCUAACCAGAUCCCUCAAAUUCCGAACCGAAAAUGAAUAUAUUUCAACCGUAUGUCGUACUCCUGCUCCUCCUCCGCAUAACAAGCGCCCGUUCCAUGAGCUUUGGCCUGCCCUACUACGGAUACGACUCCUACCUGGACACGUAUCUGGACAGCAGCAACGAUGAUAUGUCUUCCAAGGAGGUCGCCUGCGACCGGGAUGGCAGUGCGCCGGGUACCGUGGAGCCCCCUUAUCCGGGCUACCAAACCCAUUCGCCCUACCAGUACAAUCCGUCAUCAUGUGGAAAUAACAGGGAUAGGGAUAGGGAUAGGGAUAGGGAUAGGGAUCGUGAUCUAGAUAGAGAUCGGGAUCGGGACAACUGUGACUCCAGUGACAGCGACUCAAGCAAGUCGCGGAUGAAGGCAACGCACAUUGCCCAGAAUGCCGCCCAGGUGGCCAAGGCCGCCAAUGAUGCACAGGCGGCGGCCGCCCAGGAUGCCUCCCGGCAGGUGAAAAUGCAACUGGCCGACAAGGCCAUCUCGGCCGCUCGGGCCGCCGAUGCCGUGCUGGAGGGCAAGCAGGCCAUUGUCGAGAACUUCGCUCGGGAGGUCCGGGAGGCCGAGGCCGUGGUGGAGCAGGUGAGUGCUUCCCUGGAGUCCAGCGAGUCGAAUGUGGAUGCCGCCUGUGCUGCGGCCAAGACGGCGGAGGCCCAAGCCCUCUCGUUCAGGGCCAUGGUGGAGCAGACCAGGGCCACCUUGACCGAUGUGGACGGCCUGAUCGAGCAGGCCAACGCGGAUCUGGAGGAGAAAACCCAGAUGCUGACGGCCGCCAAGGCGCGUGGCGACCGACUGGCCCGCCAGAUGGCGCAGGCCAGGUCCGAGUACGAGCAGGUGAAGGAGGCGGCCUGUCGAGCCGCCUCCGCUGCCGUGGAGGCCAAGCAAAAGGUGUCCUCCAGCAACUUCCUGCCCUUGGGCGGUGCAGGCGGGGGAGGUGCUGGUGCUGGGACGGGGGGUGCUCUGCCGCCGCCGCCCCAAAAGACGGGUGGGUGUGGCGGCUAUGGCCACGACAGUGGCACCUGCCAAGCCCUCCUGGAGCUCUACAGGCAGCGACGCCGGCAACAACAGCGAAUGCGGCGAGAGAAGCUCCGGAACCGGGCGGUUCGAGGUCAAGGGGAGUCCCUGUACGAGGAUCGCUCCUUCGGUCUGAUGCGACCUAUGUAUUGAUAGCAACUACCGGUCGAGGUGUCUAUUUUUAUAAUCGUUACUUUGGUUUACAUUUCUUAUUGUUCUGGUCUGCAGUUUAACAAGGAUCAAAAAACCCCUCCCCUCUCGACUUAUGUA